AAUGUCAAAUAUAUGAGUGAAGUGAAUCUUCUGCAACACAAAAAAAAUGCAUGUUGUCUUUAAAUCCAGGGUGACCAAACACUUGAAGGCCCUCAAAGCAAAGAUGCCCAGAUUUGGCAUUUUCCCAACGGGGGGUUGUUUUGAUGGAUGCAGGGAUCAUACUCAACAAGCCUCAGGUUUUGGGACAAGGAUCUGGAACCUGUGUGACAAGCCUCUGGAGCUGCAAAUAAGAGUUGGUUCUAUACUGAAAAAAGUUCACACAAUAAAACCAGGCUCUUCAAAGAGGCUGAAAUGCAAGAGCAUAUACAAAGCCUAUAUGCCUGGAGGUGGUGAGAUUGGGAGUGGUGGCAUGAAGAGCUUGCUCUAUUACUAUGAUGAGACUUGCCACCCUUAUGUUUGGAUUCAUGACACUGGUGGUGGUGACACAUUGAGAAUGGUCAAGCAGCAAUAUAUUAGCCUUGAGGACCUCAGAGACUAUUGUGAGAUCAGAAUCUUUAGGGAUCAUCAAAGAGGCUGCAUAUCGGUUCGCAAGAAACCCAGGCCAGAUUUUUGCUGAUGAGAUUUUAUUCUGUUUGUAAGUUUGUAUGUAAUGUGUGGUGAUGACAUUACUAAAGCAUGUUUUCAUCCCUCUUUGGUUUUGUUUGUUUUUUGUUUCUAUCAUUGUGUGUUUUUUAAGAUUUCAGAAGGUAACAUUGUAGUAUUAUAUACUGAAUGAAAUUGUUGCAUCUG